AUGAUGGGAAGAGUGACACAGAUUUAUAAGAAACUUGAAGAGGAUUUUAGGGAGACAGUACUUUGUUCCCCAAAGUUUGAUAUGCGGACUGUACUUGCGGUAUCACCGCUUCUGGUUGCUGAUUUUGCUGGCGUUAGAGGUGUUCCAUUAACCCCAAAUGAGAAGCAAACCUUGUUAGACCUCCUCACACCGCCGCCUUCACGAGUCCCUCGUGAUGGAUAG